AGAGAGUCCAUGGCCACCUGGGGUGGUCGCCAGACAAAGAGUCUGGCGCACAAGGUACAGUCAGAGUUGGCACGCCUCUGAGCCAGGGGAAUCACGGCUUACAUCUUCCCUGAUGGUGUUUCAAGAAGCCGCUAGUUGGGUUGACCACAUCCAUCUCUUGGAGGUCAGACCCGAGGUUGAAAACUAGACAAAAGAUCGCCUGGUUCCAGCAGAAGGGUUCGUGGCCUAGGAUGGCACAAUCCAAGGCCUCAGACCAGUGUCUUAGAAGCCGGAGGAGCGACGGGCACCCAGCAUAGAGCCCCUGUGAGUUUCUAUGGGACCCUGAGGCUCAGAGACCACCCACAUAAGACAAGUGCCACUCAGAAACCAUGGAGAUGGCAGUGAUCGGAAUGGUGGCAGUGCUCUUUGUUGUCACCGUGGCCAUCACCUGCGUCCUCUGCUACUUCAGCUACGACCCGAAGACCCAAGACCCAGAGAGAGGGCCCAGGAGCAGCUUCACCGUGGCCACUUUUCACCGGGAAGCCUCGCUCUUCACAGGGCGUGGUCUCCAAGUCCGGCCCCUGCCGAGAGCCCAGAACUUUUCUGGUCUGUCUUGUGAGGCUGGCGGCCCCUAA